AUGGUUUGGACAUUUGAUAAUCAAGAAGAACAUUUAUUGACAUAUUCAUAUUUUAAUUGUGGACCAAUUAUUGAAUAUACAAAAGGUACUUAUACUGAUCCAAGUGCUCCAAUAGAACAAAAAUCAAUACGUUGGAAUCAUAGUUUAAGUGAUAUUAUUAUGGCUUUAAUUGAACAUCAUUUAAAAAUCAAUCUUUUCAAAGAAUUUGAUAGUUUACCACUUAAUUAUUUUAAUAAUUUAUGUCAAUUAUCAGAUCAUCAACAAUAUCAAUUUAAACAAUUCCUAGGAAAAUUACCAUUGGUUUAUGCUAUAAAAGCAAUAAAAAACAAAUAA